UGUAACUUGUUCUUCCAACUCAACGCCAUGGCUCUCUAUGGAAAGUUGGAGACUAAUGUAAAAAUUAAGGCUUCAGCUCAAAAGUUUCAUGAAAUACUUCACCAAAGACCUCACCAUAUAUCCAAUAUCUGUUCAGAUAAAAUACAAGGUGUCGAGUUACAUGAAGGUGAAUGGGGCAAAGCUGGCACUAUUCUCGAUUGGCGCUAUGUUCUUGAUGGAAAGGUUCAUAAGGCAAAGAAGGUAAUCGAAGAUGUUGAUGAGGAGAAGAAUUCAUUCACAUGGAAACUGGUGGAGGGAGACCUUUUAGAGCUCUACAAUAACCUCAAAAUUAAAGUCCAAUGUAUCCCAAAGGAUGAGGGAAGUGUAAUUCACUAUACUUUGGAAUAUGAAAAGCUGCAUGAAGGAAUUCCAGAUUCACAUAGUUUGCUUCAGCUUUGUGCUGAGGUCACCAAAGACAUUGAGGCUCACCUUGUGGGAAACAAUAAUGAUGUUUGAGCUGGCAUGGUGCUAUUACUAUAUUGUGGAAUGAUAAUUGGCUAUUACCUUAUAUGUUGCUAAUAACAUUAUACUUAAAUAAUGCCGUGAUUAACGCCUGUUGUAUGGCGUCACGAGUGAGAAAAUAAUGUGGAGAAGUAUUAUAAUAUGAAUGUUUAUAUGCUUAUAAUAAAAUGGGUAUCAA